UCCAAUGUCCAGUGUUUGAUGUUUUCCUAUGUGGGACUUUUGAGCUUUGUGUGUUAUUAAGUUGAGAUGGAGUCGUCUUUGUCCUUAGCUUGUCGCAUUUGUUUGCAAAAUAGUCCUGAUUCCAAUUCAUUCUUCGACGAAGUGGAGUACGACGAGUACAUGAAACUGGCGGCCUUGUUUAAAAGAGUUACAAGUAUAGAGAUUCUGGAAAGCGAUAGGUGCACCCACAUAUGUCACGAGUGCACGGACAAACUAUUGACUUCAUACGAGUUUCUGUGUGCUGUAGAGAAAGCUGAACAAGAUAUAGAGUAUUUCCUAGGUAGUGUGGUGGAAGAGGAAGUGGACAAUGCCAAUAUUGAUCCUGAUCUAGAACCAAGUGAUGUUGAAGCAGAACCAAUAGCCGAUGUUAACGAAAUCGAAGUGUUGGAGGAGGAGUUUUAUGCUCAUGACGUCGAUACAGAGGGCAAAGCCGAGGUAGAUGAAAUUUACAUCGAACGGGAAAUGAUUUCCGAUGAUCCAUCAGUCAUAUGGGAAGAAAUAAAGAAGGAUAGUGCAGGUGAUUCACAGGAGGCAAUAGAAUUAGGUGCAGAUAAUAUUUCGAAUAAGGCCAUCGGAUCCAGAUUAUCUAAAAGACGGCAUUCUAGUGGGAACUUCAAAUGUCCCACAUGCGAUCGAUCUUUUGCAAAAAUGGAAACACUAGAACGACACAUUAAGAUAGCGCAUACUGUUAUACCAACGCUAUCCCCACAGGCCGGGGAACAUACAACGUCUGCUGAUGCGGAUGAGCAGAAAAUACACUGCCCCCAUUGUCCUCAGUUUUUCAAACGACGUAAGAAUUAUGUUCGGCAUUUGCUGACUUGCCAUUCCAAAGAAGCCGAAUGCCUUUCUGCCGAAGACAAGGAGCUGGCAAAGACUAAAAACUAUAAAAGGGGAAUUUGCCCCUAUUGCGGUGAGAGCUUCACUCAAGCCAGUUUGAUUAUACAUAUUAGAAGGCACACUGGUCAUAACCCAUAUAAAUGUGACAGCUGCGACAAGGCAUUUCCCAGACGGCAAGAUUUGAAAAUACAUCAAAGAAUGCACACUGGAGAGAGGCCACAUCAGUGUCACUUGUGUGCCAAAUCUUUUACUCGAGCGAACAAACUUGCCCGUCACAUGAGAAUUCAUACCGGCUCCCGCCCCUACAAAUGUACAAAAUGUGAUCGAAGUUUCACUCAAUCCAAUGAUCUAAAAAUACAUAUACGACGGCACACCGGUGAAAGACCCUACAAAUGCAAUGUUUGCGCAGAAUCAUUUAUUUGUGGAACGGCGCUAAAAACGCAUCGAAAACAAAAAAAUCAUCAUACCGCCGAAGAUGAGCAAAACGAUCCAUUUGCUAACUGGCGUGUUUCCAACCGUAAGUCAAAGUCGGAGACCAACCGCGCGGUACAGAGAGACAAACAAUGUAACAACAGAGAAGUUAAGUCUGAAGCUUUCGAGGAUUCCGAUUGUCAGAUAACCACAGUUUAAUGCUACCGUAGCUUGGAACGAAUCUCAUAACUUCAAGGCAAUUAGGAAGCCUAUUCCUAUGCAACAAAAAAAAAACGAAUGUUGUUGUUAAAAUAAAAAUAAAAAAAUCAAUCAAUGUCCACGGAGUUUCUAGAUCCAACAACACGCAAAUUCAAUUCCAAUAAAAAGAAUACCUACUUUAUGCCCAUCAGUGCAGGA